AUGGCUGUCGCUGCUAUUUCUCGCACCGAGCACCGGAAGAAGAAGGCCUCCGAUGCGCCAAGAACCAGUAUGAAAGGGAAGGACAGCGAGGACUUGGGCCAUUCAGAAACGAGAUGGUCCCUGGGGAGUUUUGACUCCACCGCGGGAUUGAAGGAACCGAAGCCUGUCGCACGGGGUCUCUCCAUCGGAAGACGGUUUGCUCUAUUCUAUGAGAAUAGGUAA